CCAUAGCCUGGGAGGAAGCUUUGUGAGGCAGACAGGAAUGCUGGUGUUUCAGAUUAGCUUUGAAGGGUGAGGUGCAAGGACUGCCUCUUCUGUUGCGACUGCUGCUGCACACAGCCCCGUUCUCAGCACAGAAUUCGUCACGUCAUUUGAGUGAGCACUUCAGGUUUUUUCCGGAGAGAUGGCAGGGACGAUAUCCACAGAUGAGCUGGAGGAAUUGCGCGAGGCCUUCGGGAAAGUCGAUUUGAAUGGCAAUGGUUUCAUCUCCGACUACGAGCUCCACGACCUGUUCAAAGAGGCCAAUCUGCCCCUGCCGGGGUACAAAGUGCGAGAGAUCAUCCAGAAACUCAUGGAAGACGGGGACAAAGACAAGGACAAUAAGAUCAGCUUUGAUGAGUUUGUGUCUAUCUUCCAUGAGUUAAAGAGCAGUGACAUCGCCAAGAGCUUCAGGAAGGCCAUUAACAGGAAAGAGGGCAUCCUGGCUAUCGGCGGCACCUCUGAGCUGUCCAGCACGGGCACACAGCACUCAUUCUCCGAGGAGGAAAGAUUUGCCUUCGUGAACUGGAUCAACAGCGCGCUCGAACACGACCCUGACUGUAAACAUGUAGUGCCCAUGAACCCCGACACCACCGCCAUCUUCAAAGCUGUGUGUGACGGGAUUGUGCUCUGUAAAAUGAUCAACUUGUCAGUGCCUGAUACUAUUGACGAGAGGACGAUCAACAAGAAGAAAUUAACCCCCUUCACAACACAGGAAAAUUUAAACCUGGCUCUUAACUCAGCUUCUGCCAUCGGCUGUCAUGUGGUAAACAUCGGGGCUCUGGACCUGCGGGAAGGGAAACCUCAUCUGGUGCUGGGACUUCUGUGGCAGAUCAUCAAGAUCGGUCUGCUAGCUGACAUUGAGCUGAGCAAAAAUGAGGCUCUGGUGGCUUUGUUGAGGGAUGGAGAGUCUCUAGAGGAUCUGAUGAAACUCUCCCCAGAGGAACUGCUGCUCCGAUGGGCCAACUUCCACCUGGACAAUGCCGGCUGGAGCAAGAUCAACAACUUCAGUCAUGAUGUUAAGGACUCCAGGGCUUAUUUCUACCUGCUCAACCAGAUCGCACCUAAAGGCCAGAAGGAGGGAGAAGAUCAUAUUGACAUCGACAUGUCGGGAUUCGGUGAGCAAGAUGACCUGAAGCGAGCGGAGUGUAUGCUGCUGCAGGCAGACAAACUCGGCUGCAGGCAGUUUGUCACAUCCACUGACGUCGUGUCUGGCAACCCGAAACUCAACUUGGCAUUUGUUGCCAAUCUCUUCAACAAGUACCCAGCGCUGACCAAACCCGAGAAUCAAGAUAUCAACUGGGGACUUCUGGAGGGAGAAACCAGAGAAGAGAGAACAUUCAGGAACUGGAUGAAUUCUUUGGGUGUCAGCCAUGUCAAUCACUUAUAUAAUGAUCUUCAAGAUGCUCUGGUCAUCCUGCAGCUGUAUGAGAAGAUCAAGGUUCCCGUUGACUGGAACAACAAAGUCAACAAGCCUCCAUAUCCAAAACUAGGGGCCAACAUGAAAAAGCUGGAGAACUGUAACUACGCUGUGGAACUGGGGAAGACCAAAGCCAGUUUCUCACUGGUGGGCAUCGGGGGGCAAGACUUAAAUGAUGGGAAUCCCACCCUCACUCUCGCCCUGGUCUGGCAACUCAUGAGGAGAUACACUCUGAAUGUGCUGGAGGAUCUGGGAGAUGGCCAAAAAGUCAAUGAUGACACCAUCGUCAACUGGGUUAAUAAAACACUGUCAAAUGCAGGAAAAUCAACCAAAAUAUCAAGUUUCAAGGACAAAGAGAUCAGCUCAAGUCUGGCAGUAUUGGACCUGAUUGAUGCCAUCCAGCCCAAUUCUGUCAACUAUGACCUCGUCAAGAGCGGAAGCCUCAGUGAUGAAGACAAACUGGACAAUGCAAAGUAUGCUGUUUCCAUGGCCAGGAAAAUUGGCACUCGUCUGUACGCUCUACCCGAUGAUCUUGUGGAGGUGAAACCCAAGAUGGUGAUGACUGUGUUCGCGUGUCUAAUGGGCAGAGGCAUGAAGAGGGCGUAAAACUGGACCUUGCCAAUCAAACGCUGAUGUCUUACCCAAAAGCCAUUUUGCUGGAUGAAAGGUUUCUGGCUCAGUAAAUUUAUUACAACCACUUUUAAGUACAAACAAACAAACAAAGCAAUGCCGACAGAUGUUAAAGAAUCAUGUUUCAGGGUGAUUAAAUGAUGUAUGAUUCCACACAGACAGCAUCUCUACAUGUCAAAUUAUGUCUUCAAUCAAAUGACUUCGAUUCAAGCCAUGUCAGACUCUGCUUUGAAAUACUCUAUUUGCAUACAUGAUAAAUUAAAUUUGGGUUAGUUUUAAAUGGACAUCUCAAUUUGACAGCUUUUGAACGUUUUGCAUCACAACUGGCCUUAUGAGAUGCAGUAUUGCCUCUAUGCAGCUCACCAUUGUGUUUUUGUUUUUUGUCAUUGAAUUGGACUGUUUAUUUUCCUUGUUUUGUACAUGUUAUGAAAUUAAUAAAUAUGUAUACAUGAUGGUAAAACGCUUUAACACAUUCCAUAGUACAAAUCUCAUUGUAUGCAUAUGUAUAUAUGUAUAAGCAAAAAAGGCUUUUUACAUACAAGAGAGCUCUGACAGAAUGAACUCUGCAUGAUCUAUAUAUUUAUAACAAUACAAUUCUCAGAAUAUGUCUUUAAAAAAAGCUUUAAGCAUUAACCAAUUCAUGCUGUACGUUCAGAAUGAAGAUUGAAAAUAGAGAUGCAACUGUUAGUGUUGGUUGAUAACUGACCAGUUGCUUGGGAACGAAACUGGAAGUGGCAUGUUACUGUUGACCGAAGCAGCUCACAUCAAAUGUCUGUAAUUGAAAAACAUCACAAAUGAAGCAGAAAAUAAAACUGU